CGCCUCUGCGGUCUGUGCUUCAGUGCUCUUUUUGUUGUGGUUUUGAAAGUGGAGUAACUAACGAUGGUUGCUAGUGUUUAUAAUGUGCCUGUACCCUAGAUACUGCGUUUAAACACUGUGAGAGAAGUCCUAUUCUCACUUUAUAGAAAACGAGACACAGAAAGGUUAAGUUCUUUGCCCAGGAUCACACAGCUAGUAAGUGACGGCUGGAAUUUGAAUCGUUUUGUGUAACUCCAGAAUCCGGCCCUCUCGCGCUCAUAGAGUGUUCAAGUGUGGUCUCAUUAAUCACUGUUUCUUAGAGGUUGAGACGUGGACUUCUGGUAUUUGAGGCGCUUUUAGGAGGUACAUGGACCUAACAUUAAGUACCUACUGUGCCACCAUGGUCCAGCACUGUGAAGCCCUCAAUCGAUCUGUCCAAGUUGUGAACCUAGAUCCUGCAGCAGAACACUUCAACUACUCUGUGAUGGCUGACCAGCUUUCUCCGCUUCAGGUGGCCCAGCAAAGUGCCUCCAACUUCAGGUUCACAUCCCUUUCUGGUCCAGACAUUCGAGAGCUGAUCGAGGUGGAUGAUGUUAUGGAGGAUGACUGUCUGCGGUUUGGUCCCAAUGGAGGAUUGGUAUUUUGCAUGGAAUACUUUGCCAAUAAUUUUGACUGGCUAGAGAACUGUCUUGGCCACGUAGAGGAUGACUAUAUCCUUUUUGACUGUCCAGGUCAGAUUGAGCUGUAUACGCACCUGCCUGUGAUGAAACAACUAGUCCAGCAACUGGAACAGUGGGAGUUCCGAGUCUGUGGAGUUUUUCUCGUUGACUCUCAGUUCAUGGUGGAGUCAUUCAAGUUCAUCUCUGGCAUCUUGGCAGCCUUGAGUGCCAUGAUCUCUCUAGAAAUUCCACAAGUUAACAUCAUGACAAAAAUGGAUCUGCUGAGCAAGAAAGCUAAAAAGGAAAUUGAAAAGUUUCUAGAUCCAGACAUGUAUUCUUUAUUAGAUGAUUCUGCAAGUGACUUAAGAAGCAAAAAAUUCAAAAAAUUGACUAAAGCUAUAUGUGGACUGAUUGAUGACUACAGCAUGGUUCGAUUUUUACCUUAUGAUCAGUCAGAUGAAGAAAGCAUGAACAUUGUGUUACAGCAUAUUGAUUUUGCCAUUCAGUAUGGAGAAGACUUAGAAUUCAAAGAACCAAAGGAACAUGAAGAUGAGUCUUCUUCUAUGUUUGAUGAAUAUUUUCAAGGACACCAGAAUGAAUGAAGAAUUUUUAAAAUAGUAACCAUAUAUGUGAAGCACUGUGGCUGAACCAGCAAGACAUUGUUCUCUUCAAAGGAUGCAGUACUAGAAAGCUACUUAUUUUAAUGAAAAAAGUAAUACUUGACUCUUUAGCAGCAGCAUGCCUGAAUCAAGUUCUAGUUAUUCUUCAAUGGCUGAUGUUUCAGGUGGAAUCUUUUAGUAUCAUUUUAACAGCAUCAAUUUAGAUUUUAAAUGUUGAAGUUGAAAUGAAUGCACAUAGACUUGUAUAUAGUAUGAAUGAGCACUUGUGGUACAUUUAGGACCCAGUCUACCUUUAUUUCUACUGUUGGGUUUUUGUUAUUUUUGAAAGGUUUUUUUUUUUGGAGAGGCAGGGAUUAUUGUAAUAAAACAUAUGUAUGUGUGUCCAAAGGAAAAAAAUCUAGAAGGAUAUAGUUAAGACCCAUUGCUUACCUAUAUCUCUGAGUUUUCCUACUUUGAAAAUGUAUCAUUUGUGUAAUUAAAAAAUGAAAAGUAACUUUUAAAAUAUGUAUGUAUAUAAAUAAAAUAAAUAGAAAAUAGCA